CGACAAGUAUUUUCUCCCCUUCAGUCUCCGUCGCUUGAGGACUUCCCGCCCACCUUUCGUCUUUAGUCUGGCCAAGUAUCCAUGGCGACGUUUCUGCACGCGGCGGGAAGGGCUGUAAGUGUCCAUCCGCCGGCGGUAACCGAACAAGGCGGAAGUUGUGGAGAAAGAGCGGGAGAGCGCCGGAAGAGAUGACUGAGGCGACGCGCAGGAUAGCGAAGGGCGAGCAGACAUUGUGCUCAAUAAUGAACUUGUCGGUGUUAAGGGAGACGUGGUAGCAGUCGUGUUGGUCUGAAGGGAAAGUCCGUGGAAAGCACGAGCUAGUGAAACGACUGAUGAAGGCGAACGGCUCGAGGCUGCCGCAGACGGCGCGGCGAGUCGCCGGAUGGUUGUGAAAGCUCUGUUCAUAGACAUUGUGGUCAGCUGCUGCCGAGCCUCAAGUGGUACUGCGCUGCGUCCCAAGCUGAGGACGAUCCAAGAAGAGCUCACUCACCUUCGGCUAGGGACAUGGUGGAUUCGAGACGGCAUCGUGUCGAAUAUGCACUUGACGACGCGGCCACAUAGGCGACACAUGGUCGCAAAAACUCCCUCAAACCGAAUCUGGCUGACUGAGAGAAAAGAGGUCGGGCACAAAGACGGCCAGGGUCAGGGCGUGUGCUUCGUAGGAUCGUUGUAUGGCAUCAAAGAAUGACCUUGACUCGUUCAUGCACCGAAAAUAACUGAAU